AUGCGGGCAGGUCAGAGCGCCGUUAUUGGCCCAGGGUCCGUGUUCCACGUGAUUCGGGCCGGGUUGGUGCCGUUGACUUGCUGGAAGUGUCGUCGCCGACGACAAGAACGCAAGGAGCUCAUCAUGGAGAUCGUGGAAACUGAGAUGAAAUACGGACGGGAUUUGCAAAUAAUCCACGAAGAAUUCUACCGACCCAUGCUCGUGGCGGGUCUUCUGACCGCCGAACAACUGGCCGGAGUCUUCCUCAACUUGCCCGAGUUGCGGGACUGGAACCGACGCUUCACAGAUCGGCUUCGGGACGCCUUGGAAAUCGCACUGGAACACGGCGACGAAGACCUUCUCACCGUCAACCUCGGGGCCUUGUUCCGCGAGGCCGCGCCGAUGUUGCACGCGUUUGAGACCUAUUGUUUGCGACAGGGGACAGCCAGCGUCUUGCUCAACAGUCUGGAGAAGGAGAAAGAACUGCUGAGAAUCUUCCUCAAGGUGUCGCAAAUGGAGAACACCCUGCUGCGGAGGAUGGACUUGUCGUCAUUCCUCAUGAUAGGCAUCGAUGCUAGGGUUUCGUGCCCGGUGGUCGAAUGCGCGAGGGACACGGGCAGAGAAGCUCGGAAAUUCGGCGAUCGCCUCGAUCGCCAAAACUUUCGAACCUCCGGAAUGUGUCACAUUCCUCGUCCUCGCAAAGAAGUUCCUGUGCAGCGCGUCACGAAGUAUCCCUUGCUGCUCGGAAGGCUAUACAAAGUUACACCUCAUCGACUGGAAGGAAGGGAAGCUAUCAGAGAGGCUCAAAAGAAAAUAGAAGCACAUCUGGAACACAUCAAUGCGCUCGCCCUGGAUAUCCUGGAAUGGAGCGCAGAAAACGUGUGUUUCGCGAUGGAGGGUCGCUUGUCUUUCACUCAAGCAGGAGACAACAUGUGGACUCGCCGAGGAAAAAAUGUUAAGCUUACACCAACUUACGCUUUGUUGGUCAUCCGAGGGAACUUGACCAGCCAGUACAAUCCAGCAGAUGCGGACGGCGACGUGCUUUUCUUUGCGAGACGAAAAGGCAUCGAACAAGCUGCGCUUUUGCUCGCAAGAGAGCGGAAUUCUCGCUACGCCCUGAUCAGAGAUCCACUGAUGCUUGAUAAGUGUAUCGUAUCAUCUGACACGGAAGUUGAGGGGUAUUUUGAAGUCCACGACCAUUCAACCAAAGAUACCUUGUACUUCAAGGCUGAGUCGCAGAGCUCGUCUUCCAUGUGGUUCCGUGUUCUCCAGUACCACUGCCACAGCCUGGGCAAUUGGCGGCGGAGGCGGAACGCCCUGGCGAACAUCAUGAUCGACGGGAUGGGGAUCGACAAAAGCCAUUGACUGACGCUGUGAUGAAUGUGACGACCGACCACGACGUGACCAACGACGGACUACCGCACACCAACUAAUUUCACGCCAGGAAGGCAACAAUCGAACAGAACUGCAUGAGGUCCGCGCAUUCAUUAUAUCAAUAUUACUUGUUGCUUUGUGCUUCCAGUGGGUAUCCUUUUCUUCGUUGCGUUUCGGUACAUUUCACGCUAACAUAUUUAUAAUGAAUGUUUCUCCGCUGUGUUUUUGAGAGUAAAAGUGCUUCUGCGCUCGUUA